AUGGCUUCCAAAACAACGAGCGGGACGAGGGAGCGGAAGCCCAGUUCUUCAGCUCCCAUUGGGGACUUUCAAGAGCCGGUUGGGCCGGUGGGCAUGUCGCGGCCGAAGCACAAGAGGACCGUGACGGGGUUUGGCCCGCAGGAGAUCAAGAGCGUGGAGGCGAGCAUUCCGGAGCCGCAGAGGGCUGCGUGGAAGAAGUUCUCCGCAAAAGAGUUCUCGAGCAAGGAAGACUUCGAAGCAGAGGUGGUUAGGCACAUCGAGACUACCCUCGCCAGAUCUCUCUUCAAUUGCGAUGAAGCCGCUGCAUAUGGAGGAACGUCUCUUGCGUUCCGUGACCGUCUCGUCAUUGAGUGGAACAAGACGCAGCAGAACCAGACGUUCGCGGACCCGAAGCGUGUAUACUACCUCUCUCUCGAGUUCUUGAUGGGUCGUGCUUUGGACAAUGCCAUGCUCAACGUGGGCAUGAAGGACGUGGCCAAAGAUGGCCUGUCUGAUCUUGGCUUCCGCAUGGAGGACAUCAUCGGUCAGGAGCGUGACGCUGCCCUCGGAAACGGUGGUCUCGGACGUCUCGCUGCAUGCUUCCUCGACUCCCUCGCAACCCUCAACUACCCAGCCUGGGGCUACGCUCUCCGCUACAGAUAUGGCAUUUUCAAGCAAGAGAUCGUCGACGGCUAUCAGGUCGAAAUCCCAGACUACUGGCUCGACUUCAACCCAUGGGAGUUCCCACGACACGACGUCACGGUCGACAUUCAGUUCUACGGUGGCGUGAGGAAGUACAUGGACGAGAGCGGCAAGCAGAUCAGCGUCUGGGAGAACGGCGAGAUCGUCACUGCCGUCGCUUACGAUGCCCCCGUUCCAGGCUACGGAACCAAGACGACCAACAACCUCCGCCUGUGGUCCAGCAAGGCAUCCCAUGGCGAGUUCGACUUCACCAAAUUCAACUCCGGCGAGUACGAGGCCUCCGUGGCUGACCAACAGCGUGCUGAGACCAUCUCGGCUGUGCUAUACCCAAACGACAACCUCGAGCGUGGUAAGGAGCUCCGGCUGAAGCAGCAGUACUUUUGGUGUGCUGCUUCUCUAUUCGACAUUGUGCGCCGCUUCAAGAAGUCCAAGAAGGCGUGGUCUGAGUUCCCGAACCAGGUCGCAAUCCAGCUCAACGAUACCCACCCUACGCUCGCUAUCCCUGAGUUGCUGCGCAUUCUGAUCGAUCUGGAAGGUCUCAACUGGGACGAUGCUUGGGACAUUGUGCAGAAGACGUUCGGUUACACCAACCACACUGUCCUGCCGGAGGCGCUGGAAAAGUGGUCGGUGCCGCUUAUCCAGCAUCUGCUGCCACGCCACCUUCAGAUCAUCUACGAUAUCAACCUGCAGUUCCUGCAGUACGUCGAGCGCAGCUUUCCCAAAGACCGCGACAUGCUCGGCCGUGUUUCGAUCAUCGAGGAGAGCCAGCCGAAAAUGGUCCGCAUGGCCUACCUGGCUGUUAUUGGCAGCCACAAGGUCAACGGUGUUGCUGAGCUGCAUUCAGACCUGAUCAAGACCACCAUCUUCAAGGACUUCGUCAAGAUCUAUGGUCCUGACAAGUUCACCAACGUCACCAACGGUAUCACUCCUCGCAGAUGGCUUCACCAAGCAAACCCGCGCCUCUCCGAGUUGAUAGCCAGUAAGCUCGGCGGCUACGACUUCCUGAAGGACCUCACCCUGCUUCACAAACUGGAGAACUUCGUCGACGACAAGGACUUCCGAAAGGAGUUCCAGGAAAUCAAGUAUGCCAACAAAGUCCGUCUCGCCAAAUACAUCAAGGAAGCCCAGGGCAUCCCAGUCAACCCGAGCGGUCUCUUCGACAUCCAGGUCAAGCGUAUGCACGAAUACAAGAGGCAGCAGCUGAACAUCUUCGGCGUCAUCCACCGCUAUCUGGAGCUCAAGGACAUGUCGCCAGAGGACCGGAAGAAGAUGCAGCCGCGUGUGAGCAUCUUCGGUGGCAAGGCGGCGCCAGGCUACUGGAUGGCGAAGACGGUCAUUCACUUGAUCAACCAGGUCAGCAAGAUCGUCAACGCGGACAAGGAUAUUGGCGAUCUGCUCAAGGUGGUCUUCUUGGAGGACUACAACGUCAGCAAGGCGGAGAUUAUCGUACCUGCCAGCGAUAUCAGUGAGCACAUUUCCACGGCCGGAACGGAAGCUUCUGGCACGAGCAAUAUGAAGUUCGUGCUCAACGGAGGUCUCAUUAUCGGUACCUGUGAUGGUGCCAACAUUGAAAUCACCCGCGAAGUCGGAGACGACAACAUCUUCCUCUUCGGCAACCUUGCCGAGGACGUCGAAGACCUCCGCCACGGCCACUUUUACGGCGGCUUCGAGAUCGACCCGCAGCUCAAGCGCGUCUUCGAGACCGUCCGCAACGGCACCUUCGGCGACGCCGGCCAGUUCAGCGCGCUUGUCAACAGCAUCGUCGAGCACGGCGACUACUACCUCGUGUCCGACGACUUCAAGAGCUACAUCGACACGCAGAAGCUCAUCAACGAGGCGUACAAGCAGCAGGACGAGUGGCUGACCAAGACGAUUACGGCCGUAGCGAGGAUGGGCUUCUUCAGCUCGGAUAGGUGUAUUGAGGAGUAUGCGAAUGAGAUUUGGAACUGUGAGCCGCUGCCGCCACCGGAGAAGAACGGAGCGUAG